GCGUUGUGCGCCUGGCCUGGGAAGGUAAAGUUUUGAAAAGGGAAGUCCGCGCAACCCAGCUAGCAAAUCCAAUCAUUCAGAGAUGCUGUUCUUGCUCCAGUUUGCCGUGAUGCUAUUCUUAGGGCCAUUGCGAGGAAAUGCGUAUGAUAGUAUUUGCUAAUUUUGAAACAAAGGACUGCCCGAAAUGUGUGAUACGCAUGUUGAUACACAAGGGACCAAACAAGGGCUGAUAAUGUGUGAGGACAAGUACCCAUGUGUGUUAGUACUCAGUGAUGUCUUUAAAUGCUGACGAAAGUGCUUUAGGAAGUGUCAGCUCAUUUUCCUCUUUAGAAUUAGAUGAUGCUGAUUUACAGAAGAAAUACUUGAAUGAAAAAGAGAAAAACAGAAAAUUAGAAGAAAAACUUAGUGGCUACAAAACAGUUGUGCAACAAAUUCCAAAGUAUGAAGAAAACAUAAAGGAACUCAAAAGGCGGAAUAAAGAUCAACAGGACAAACUGAAUGUGUAUGAGAAGCUACUAAGAGAAAAUAAUGCUCAAGAAGAAAGCCCUAAAUCACCAUUGCAGGAUGCUCAAGGUAUAACAGAGCUCGGAGAACCUCACUCACCCGGCAGAUCAGGCACCACCACACGCAGUCCAUCUUUUGUCAUUCUAAGUUGCCAGAAAACAGAGUCAGACCCCCUGUCAAAGAAGAUCCCUGACAGCUCUAGACAGGCAACACUCAGCUCAUCCAACCCAACUUCACCCCCACCUCUGGUUUACCCAACAACACCAUUGUCCACAACACAUGAACCUGUUUAUAUUCAAGGGAAGCCACUCCAGACUAACCAAAAUUAUGGUCACAAAAAUAUUUCCCAGGCUGUAGUAAGAAGUCCAUUCCCCCAAUUGAAUAGGGAACCUGUUCAGAUGUCAUUCUCUGAAGUCCCUCCAUCCACACAGUCCCACAACUACAAGGCUAGUGCAUCAGUCGACCCCAGCAGGCUCUUUAACUGGGAAGGGGUAGGUAACUCUGCCUCCCCUUUUGUUUCAUCCCAAGGAUCCUCCACAUUUGCCUCCCAGCCAGAAAACUCCCAGAGGAAAGAUGUCCCAACCUUGUGCUACCCCCACCCCAGCACCAGAAGCUUUCUACCUGUGGAGUCCUAUGGAAUAGGUGCACGUCCUAAAGAAUGGCAACCUUUAAUGACGCAUGUCCCAAAACAGCCAACAAGGUAUGAAGACUCGCUACUGAGAACUGAAGAAAAAGUGUAUCCACCACAUACGAAUCAACAUUUCCAAGUGCCUGAACCAAAUAAACCUGGCUCCGUUGUUGGUGGUGCCCCAGCUGAGAGGUCAAGCACCUUGAAUAAUUUAAGUGGAGACAGCAAAAACUUUUUAGGAAUGGCAGAAUCACAAAAAGACUUACUUAACAUGAGUGGACCAACAACUGACCUGAUGAAGUUUGGCAGCUUUACCUUCCAGCAGAAUAUCCCAACCCCUGCCAAUGUCAGUAGCCAGGACAAGAGUGUGACAUUCCCCAGUGAUGACCAGUCCCAGUUGGCCGCUCAAGCAGAAAGUAUGGCCAGCAUGGUCAAGUCCAGUGACUCUGUGUCAGGCAUCAGCGAGCAGCUGGCCAUGUUUGCUAAAGAGUUUGAGAAGAUGGCCAAGAAACUCCGAGAGAAUGAGGUGUUGAUUCAACGACAGCAAGUACAGAUACAAAGCUUGUCAAAAACUGGCAAUGAAACAGCACUGAGGGCUGAAGUCCAAUCUCUGAGAGAGGAGAAUGAAAUGCUGCAUGCGUUUUUAACUGCAGAGAGACAGGGUCAUGGUUCUCACAUUCUGGAGCCUGGCUGGGCAGUGGUGGCUAAUCAGCAGGCCAGUGAAGCCAAUCUCCCCGCUGACCAUCCUGUCAUGAAGAAACUGGACACACUUGAGAAAAUUAAUGCCAAGCUGUUCAUGGCCAACAAAGACUGGCACAGUAAAUGGGAAAUCUUGCGGCGCCAAAACCAGGAGAGGAACGACGAGCUGGAGGCAACCAUUCAGAAGGUCACUCAGGAGAAACAGAAACUACAGGAAGACUUUGAGAACUUGGAGAAACAGCUGCAGGACGCAAUGGCCUACAAACAGGAAAGUGGUCAGAAGAUUUUUGAUUUAGAAUCCGAGAAGAAACAGCUGGAGAGGUUUGUUGAGUCCCUGAAGUCUGACGUCCAGCUGCUGACCAAUGACAAGAGGAAGCUGUUUGCAGACUUGAACUCACUCAAGAACACCAGCAAGACAAAAGCUCAAGAAGAGAAAGGCCUGGACACUGAGAUUGGACUCCUCAAACAACAGCUGACCCUGUUUGCCGAAGAUUUUGAAAAAGAACGCCAGGACCGGGCAACUGCAGAAAACAAACUGGAGAAAUACAGGAAAGAAAAAGAUCACAUUAAACAAAGUUUGGAGAACAAACUAAAAAAACUUAACUCUCAGUUGAAGACACUUGAGGGCGAGGUCAGGAUGAAAUCUAGACAGAAUGUGGAGCUCCAGUACCAAGUUGAUGACCUCAAACUUCAGCUUCAAAGUGAGCAAAGAAAGGCAGCCUUAGCAGCGCAGCAACCUUUGAGCUACCACCCACCCACAUCCACCUACCACGGGCCCAGCACCCACCUGUUCUACACCAGUGGUGGGGAGAGAUACAACUCCGAACCUUCACAGAUCAGUCGAACCGUGCGACCCACUUCACCCUCUACAAGCAGACCCGUGGUGCCAGCGCGCCAGUUGUCCCCUGAACACCUGGCGGGGGCGUGGAAGUGUAAGGACUGCACCUACAUCAACUACCCCAACAGGACGGUCUGUGAUAUCUGUGGAUACAUCAAUGCUGGCAAUGGUGAAUUGGCUUCAAAUUUUGAAACUGGUGGACAGGAGCUACACUCCAGGGGAGACAGGCUGCACGCUGGGUUUGAUGUGGAAGAUGUCGUCGCUGACUGUGGUGAACCCAACACACCACUGGAGAAAUAAAAAAAACUGAUGGUCUCAUCUGAUGUCAUCUGUCUGAUGGUCUCAUCUGAUGUCAUGUCAUAUGUCAAAUGGUCUCAUCUGAUGUCUCAUCAUCUGUCUGAUGGUCUUAUCUGAUGUCAUGUCAUCUCUGUAUGCUAAAACAUGCAGCUCUAGGUGACAUGUGACAUGCAGCUCUAGGUGACAUGUGACAUUCAGCUGUAGCUGACAUGUGACAUGCAGCCAAUGAAAGCGUUGAGCAGCAUCAGUAAACAAGAUUUUCUCUACUGACCUUCUGUUAGGAAAUUUUUUUAAUCAGCCCAAUAAUUAGACAAAAACUGUAUGGAGAAAAUAGUUGUACAACUGCUCCACUGGGUGGAAAACAUAGUUGUACAACUGCUACACAAUGAAGAAAAUAGUUGUACAACUGCUCCACUGGAUGGAGAAAAUAGUUGUACAACUGUUGCAUUGGAUGUGGCCACCAUGAUUGAAAACAAUCCAGAUCUCUGCUUGAUUGUGCUUGUACCAAUGGCUGUGAACUAGACACCAUUUAUUGUAUUGACUCUGCCAGCUAGGAUAUGUGUCAGCCAUAAGUGCAUCAUUCUUUAAAAACUUAUUCUUAAUGUACCCGGAAAUAAUUCAUUGGGAAUUUACUAUAAGGAUACAAACAUUUGGCUGAAUAAAAUUUCCUCGCCAAGAUUUUAAGACAGCAAACAUAAAUAACAAUUGCAACUGUUUUUGGUGAUCAACCUAUACCCUACAAGUUGGGGACAGAGAAAUAUUAUAUCAGACAUUGGUAUUGUUUUAUUUACUGAAAAUUGUUAAUGAUUAACAAAGAAAAUUUAUCAUGAAUGACUAUCAGCUCCUAAUUUUAAAAUUAGAUAUAACUUUCACAAGAAAAUUUUAAAAUGUUAACUAUACCAUUUGGAGCAUCAGAUUAUUUAAAUAUUUGAUUGUUUGAUUUUUUUUUCUGAUUUUUAAAAAAAAAGUUAACAUAUGAUUGUGGUCUAUUGUUAAAAAAAAAACUUUACUAGAAAAAAUGAGUUAUAAAAAGUGUGUAUGCAUUUGUUUUGAAUAGAAAGUAGGUAAGGUAUAAAAAAAUAGGUAUUUGUUUGAAACUGAAAGAGCUUAUCACUAACAAUUACUCAGGUUAAAUUUUUUACUUUCUAUACACAUUUUUAGAAAUUUGAAACUUUUAUGCUUGUGAUAACAUUUUAGUCUAUUUUAUUUUGCUACACUUUAAUUAUUGUAUUUAUUUCAAAACAAAAAGCACUUUGUGUGUGUUGUUUUGCCUCAUAUAUCAAGAUUCUGUGUAACUGAAAGUUUGGCAGCUUGGUGUAAUUUUUGUGAUUUAUUUCGUUUGUUUUUCCUGUUCCAGUUUUGUUUGUUGUUUGUAGUUUGUGUUUUAACAUGCUCCAUAGGAACAGCUGACUGGACAUUUUCUCCCUAA